UACCAGCACCUCCACCAAAAUCCCUUAAUCCACUCCCUCUCCCCGCACAAAUCCGUUUCAACUUCCCUUCGAGUCCGUUCGCACAACAAACCGCCCGAAAUGGCGCCGACGAAGGCCGAGAAGAAGCCGGUGGCGGAGAAGGCACCGGCGGGGGAGAAGAAGCCGACGAAGGCGGAGAAGCAGAUCCCGAAGGAAGGCGGAGGAAGCGUGGAAAUGAAGAAGAAGAAGAAGGUAAAGAAAUCGACGGAGACGUACAAGAUCUACAUCUUCAAGGUGCUGAAGCAGGUCCACCCGGACAUCGGGAUAUCCAGCAAGGCCAUGGGGAUCAUGAACAGCUUCAUCAACGACAUCUUCGAGAAGCUCGCGCAGGAGGCGUCGCGUUUGGCCAGGUACAAUAAGAAGCCGACGAUCACGUCGAGGGAGAUCCAGACCGCCGUCAGGUUGGUGCUUCCUGGUGAGCUCGCCAAACACGCCGUUUCCGAGGGCACCAAGGCCGUUACCAAGUUUACCAGUUGUUAAUUUUUCAUUCAUUUUUUGCGAUUUUUUUGUUUCUUAAUAUUAUUUUCGUCGUGAAUAAUAUGCAUGCGGUUGUAUGGAA